CCCAUCAGCCAUGGUCAAACCCACCGUGUUCUUCGACAUCGCUGUCGAUGGCGAGCCUUUGGGCUGCUUCUCCUUCGAGCUGUUUGCAGACAAAGUUCCAAAGACAGCAGAAAACUUUCGUGCUCUGAGCACUGGAGAGAAAGGAUUUGGUUAUAAGGGUUCCUGCUUUCACAGAAUUAUUCCAGGGUUUAUGUGCCAGGGUGGUGACUUUACACGCCAUACCAACACAAACGGUUCCCAGUUUUUCAUCUGCACUAAGACUGAAUGGUUGAAUGGCAAGCACGUGGUUUUUGGCAAGUUGAAAGAGGGCAUGAAUGUUGUGCAAGCCAUGGGGGGCUUUGGGUCCAAGAAUGGCAAGACCAGCAAGAAGAUCACCAUUGCUGACUGUGGACAACUUUAAUGAAUUUGACGUGCUUUAUCCUAAACUACCAGUUCAUUCCUUCUGUAGCUCAGGAGAGCACCCCCUCCAUCCCAUUUGCUCACAGUAUGUCUGUAAUCUUUGUGCUCUCGCUACAAUUCUUUGGGUUCCAUAUUUUCCUUAUUCCCUUCCAUGUCUAGUUGGAUUGCAGAGAAAUAAAAACUAAAUA